CGUGGCCUGCGUGCGCCCUUCGAUUCUUGGCAACGCCCUUCAGAGGAAGCGCACCUUCAAUCGCCAGUAUAUAAGGCUAAUUCAACACACACACACACACACACACACACACACACACACACACACACACAGACACACACACACACACACAAAAUUCAACUCACAGCGUUCUCGGAUUCGCGGCUAGCCAAACACCUUCGAUUCUUCCAUAUGGAGCAACACAAUUCCCUCUUCUUCCGCCUUCCGCGUGAAAUACGCCAUGAGAUAUAUGGACACUAUGUUUGGGAAGAACGAGGUUAUAUCUUCAUUCCGGGAUCUGGAAAACUUCGAACGACAGACGGGCCGCCUGUGGAUCUCGCUCUAGGAUAUACCUGUAAAAGGGUUGCCGAAGAGAUGGAUGGACUUGCCUUAACGAUGAAUUCAGUCACUUUCCGGACCAUGCUUGAUCUGCCUAACAUUAUUGAGCAGUGCUCGACUGCAUAUUUGUAUGGAAUUCUUCUUGAAGAAUGCGUGGGACUGCACCGACUCAUGUUAGAGUGGGCAAAAUCUCUGGUCUCGCCAAAGGCUAUGCAGAUACUACGAUUACUCUACCCGGGGAAUCUCGCAGUGAAGAAGAUGGAGCAACAGGUUAUUGAUUAUGACAAAGAUUACGAGGAAUUCAUGGUAUCCGAUCUCUGGUAUGGAUAUGGAACCUUAGAUUAUUCCGCCCAGGAACGCAUCAUUCUGGAUCUCGUACGGAUCAUCGCUGAUCACUCGGACUUUGAACGCUUAACCUCGAAAGAAUAUCGACUAGAUCUAAGGGACCCCAUAGAUCCGGAUAUAUUCUAUUACGACGAGGAAUUUCAGGAAGAUGAAUUCAGGAGGGUGACAUGUCCAGCAGAAUAUACAAGGGAGACACAGCAAAAGAUACUCCAAUGGAGGCCUGCGUACUGGUGGAUCCCAGAUCGCAUAGACUUGGAUAAAGUCACCCAGUUCCUUCCCGUCUCCCCUGAAGUAUCAACGUAUGAUCGCUCUGGGAGAGAGCAAAGACAAAAGUACUACUUCUCCGCAGCUGCACUCGCUAUCCGAUUUCUCGAACGACUUAACCCCAAGACUCGAACGCAUUUACGUAGAAUCAUUGUCCAAGAGGACAACCCAAGCGUAUCAAUGCCGAAAACUCACGCGCAGGGUUUUAUUCCCUUCUGCCGUGAAAAUCGAAAGCUUCGAGUGGAAAGAUGGGUCGACAUCUGGCGUACAGAGUUAGUAGCAGAAAGUCGCCACCUCCACAGAAACAAUUACACUCGGUGGAGACUCAAGCACAUUGCAAUCUGGAUCCACGAGGCAAAACUCUUACGACAAAUGGGUAUGCCCACUGACUCCUUCUCCUUGGUCCUACAUGGCCCAUCGCCUGAAGCAAGCCAACAAUUGAGCGAUGGAAUGAUACAAGCAGCAAUAUGGCACGAUGGUGCAGUUGAGAUUGCUCGUCGUGAGAAGGAAGAAUUUCUCUAUUACCAGGAUGGCGUGGCUGAAGACUUUGUUGAAGUGAUCAGGGGAAUGUUAAAAGGCGAUAUUCCGGCAAGGUUCGAUGCCGUCAUGGGUGACCUUUGGGGUCUGGAGGAAGUGCUGAGAGACCACGAGGGCAACUGGCCAGUCGAAAUCAGGUCUGCGUUUGAUUUGAUGUCCCUCGAAGAACCGGCUGGGGGUUGGGAAGCAGCUCGGAACGAGUGCUUGGAUGAGAUUGACUGGCUGGAACGAAUGGAUGGAUGGGACGUGUUGAUUUCAAUGGCGUAAGUAGAUGUAUGAAGGGUAUUGGCACAUCUGCUAUUAGUGUCGUUUGCGCUUCUCUAUACGCGUUUACGUAUGAUAGAGUCUUGUGUCGCGUAUUUGAAAAGUUGUUAGACGAACCAUGUCAAAUGCGAAUCCCUAUUAAGCUACUGCUCAUAAGAGGCGGUACAUCAACGUGGAGAAGUUGAUGAAUGGAUGGCGAAAAGCCGAUGGCAGGG